AUGUUUUGCUGGCGCAGCUUCCAGACGCUGAAGCGAGAUUGGCUGGCAGUGUGCGUGGCCACCUUCGUCCCCAACUGGUCUACGGCAGACACUGUAGUGAACUGGGUCCGAGAUCAAGCUGACGUCGGAGGAUCUGGGGCGGCGUCUUGGGGUUUAGUCCAAAUCAAGUUCCAGGUGGUCACGCUCCAGGAGACAAGGUUGAAGCCCCCCGACAAGAUCAUCUCGGCCCAGAGUUGGGCCUGCAGGAAUGGGUACCAGGUGUCUCUCGGGAAGGCCCUCAGCACUGGCGACGGGCCCUUGCAAAGCUCUGGAGGAGUCGGUAUCUUGGUCGCUGGGGAGCUCGCUUCGAGGCCCUUGGAUCUUCCAGGAUUGGGCAGGUUCGACGGGAGGAUCGUAGGUCGGGUCAUCAAUGCGGGGUUCGACCAGGGCCUUGAGAUCUACAGUGUCUAUCUCGUCAACGACAUAGGCGUGACGGGCGAGAAUUCAGAGAUUUUGGAAGUUCUGGGAGCGCUUCUUUUGUGCAGUAAGCGUCCGUGGAUUGUGCAAGGUGAUUGGAAUUUCACGCCCGCGGCUCUCCAGCUAUCAGGUUGGAUACAGCAUGUGCACGGUGUGCUAGCUGCUUCUGGCCAGGCAACCUGCUCGGCCCGCGCUCCUAGGACUGCCAGGGGAGAAGAUAUGGAGGAGGAUGAGCUGACGGAGCAUGACGGGGGAGGAAGGGAGCUUGACUUCUUCGUCGUGUCAUCGGCUAUCAGUUCGUGCAUCAAAGAUGUCCAGGCUAUCCGAGGAGCGCCUCUUUUUCCCCAUUGCCCUGUGCUGCUUCGGUUGGGGAACCUCUGCCAGACGGCGGUGGUCCAGCAGCAGACGCGUUUCAAGCCGUUCAGCACCGCGCUCAUGGGGCCGCUGCCGCAGGAAAGGGACAUCCAAUGGAGCGACCCUCUAAACUCAGAUUUGGACACGCUUGCUCGGGAGUGGUUCGGGGAAGCAGAAGCUCGCCUGGUUGAAAUUCAUGGAAUAAGUGAUCUGAAAGGGUACGUUGGUCGCUCCGCUGGGCCCCAGUCUCGGAAAGUUCCCUUAGUUGCGCUGCUAGAGCGAGAUCACCGUCGGCGGUUUUCGAAGCAGACUGUCUGCUGGAUCUCGUUCGAGGCCCUGCUCAAGAAGGCAAAGGCAAUCAGUGCUGGGAACCCAGGUGCCAAGGGGAGAGCUCUUUUGGGAUCCUGGAAGCUUAAGCUGUUCGACAUUUUGGAGGACCUCCAGCUGACGGAAGAUGGGCCCACAAAGGCCCAGCUGCACACCAUUGUUAGGGCGGCAUCGGGAGAAGGUUCCUGGAACGACGACGUCAAUGGGGCCAUCUGCAAAGAGUGCACUCGUCGCCAGAGGCUGGACGCGGCUUCGCAGCUUGCUAAGUGGAAGGAAUGGGCCAAGAGUGCCGUCUCUGGAGGAGGUAAAGCGGCUCAUGCCUUCUCCAAGCAACAGGACCCGAAGGGCGUGGAAAAGGUUCUGGAGGCGGCGCGGAACAUCACGGCUCAGAAGAUCAAGUCCGCCGACGCGGAAUUCGCGGCUGCACUCGCCAAGAACACCAACAUCACCCAAGCGGGCGUCGAGAAGAUCGAGGCCUCAUCGAGGCCGAGAAGGAGGAGAUCAAGAGGGUCCGCCGUUAGGCCGGCGGAGACCAAGCAGUGGCGAAACGGCCUGGCUCGCCCAUAG